GGAAAAAGCAAAUAUUCGAAUAAAAUGAGAAAGAAUGAGAAUUGUGGUUAGAAGCGUUGCGACGGUGGCGGCACAUCGCGGCGGGAUUCUUAGAAUGUUUGGAAUUAGUAUUAAAUUCGUUGGUCGUAGGUUAAGGGUAAGGGGUAGUGGAAAGGUAAAAGAAGAAAGGAAGAGAAGGGAAUAGAUUAGAGAAAGAGAGAUAAACUGGAAUGUACUAACGCGCGCGCGCGCUUUUGUGAGAGUGAGAUAGAGAGAUAGAAUCGAGUAAUAAGGGAAAGAAGUAGCGGGAAAGCGCAUGCGUUUAGACACGUCGUGUCGAAGCGCGACGAUCUUUCGCGAGUAUAGUCCUGCGGAGGAUCGGAAGGACUACACCCUUUAGCGUGAUCGCGAGACGGUGAAUUUAAUCGCAUCUAAUAUCUUGUUCGCUCUCGUUUAACUUGAUCAUCGAACAGACGACGAACAUUCGACAUCGUAAAGAUGAGUCUCUUGUUAGAAGACGAGGAAAUCGACGAAUACAGAGAUGGUUCCGUAAGGCUGAGAAAUCCAAAUAUCGAAUUAAUGGAUCAAGACAUAUUGUAUCAUCUAGCACUUGGCAGUGGUUCUCAUGAUCUUGUGGAAAUGUUUGGCGAUGUUAAGUUCGUUUGCAUGGGUGGCACGCCGAAACGUAUGGAGCAGUUUGCUAAUUACAUUAUGAAGGAAAUAGGUCACAAGAUCCCAGCUGGAACAACCCUUCUCGACAUCAGCCAGUAUUCCUAUCGUUAUUGCAUGUACAAAGUCGGACCGGUGCUUUCAAUCAGCCAUGGAAUGGGUAUUCCUUCCGUGGGAACUCUUCUUCACGAAAUUAUCAAGCUGAUGUAUCAUGCAAAGGUCAAGGAUCCAAUCUUCUUCAGGAUCGGUACUUGUGGUGGUAUUGGACUUGAAGGUGGCACUGUUGUUAUUUCUGAUGAAGCUGUAGAUGGGAUGUUGAAUUCUUAUUUAGAACUGCCUGUCUUAGGAAAGAUAGUGAAGAGACCAGCAAAGUUUGAUCGACAAUUAAUUCGAGAAUUAAAAGCUUUGGCGCAUCGUGACGAUCCUUAUGACACAGUGGUCGGCAAGACCAUGUGUACUUACGAUUUCUACGAAGGUCAGGCUAGAUUAGACGGAGCUUUUUGCGAGUUCACGGAGAACGAAAAGAUGGAUUAUUUAACGAAGAUACACAAAGCUGGUGUUAUUAAUAUAGAGAUGGAAAGUCUCUCGUUUGGAGCACUUGCUCAUCACGCUGGCAUUCAAUCAGCUGUAGUUAGCGUGACUUUGUUGGAUCGACUAAAAGGAGAUCAGGUAUUGGCACCUAAGGAAGUUUUGAACGAAUGGCAGAUACGACCUCAAAUAUUGGUCGCUCGAUACAUCACGAGAUAUCUUCAACGCAAAGGAAGACUUUCUUUAGAGGGCCAUGGUUCUAUGUGCGUGAAAAGUCCUCGUCGAUAUAAAUUAGUACAACAGGAGUCUGAGACUUAUGAUUAAAGAGAUGUUUUGUAGAUCAAACAGACCUAUGCAAGGGAUGUGAGAAAGAGAGAAAGAGAGAGGGAGAGAGAGAGGGAGAGAAAGAAAGAGAGAAAGAGAGGGAAAGAAAAAAGCGAAAACUCAUCGAGGAGAAAAUAUAUACAUACUUGUGUAAUAUCAGUUUGCAAAGGAGCCAAACGUGCAUAAGAUGAUAAGAGUACAGUCCAGGGAAACGCACAGUUUUAGGGAGAUAAACACAGUAUUCCAUAAAAACGUGAUUCCUUUUUUCCUUUUUCUUUAUUCAUUUAUUUUCAUGACUACAGUUAGUCUAUGGCUAAAAUUUUACAUAUUAAUAAAAUGAAAAAAAGAGAAAGAGAAAGAGAGAGAGAGAGAGAGAGAAAAGAACAAGAGUAAGUCUAUUUUUAUUUUGUUUUAUACGCGUUCUAUAAAAAAAAAAAAAGAAGAGAAAAGAAAGAGUACACCGUUUGUAGCGAUCGAUCGAUAGAUAAUUUAUUGAUUUUCUUAUAGUCAAAAGAUGUACCUAACGAGGUUUGUUAUUUUUUUCUUUUUUUCUUUUUUAUAUUUCUUUAUUAUUAUUAUUAUUAUUAUUAUUAUUAUUAUUAUUAUUAUUAUCAUCAUUUUCAUUUUAUUUUUGAUUUUCCUCAUCGUUCUCAUACUUUUACUUUUUUCUCAAACAGAAGAUUUCACUGCUGUAUUGCCUCGAUUAUUGCUAUAAGUAUUGUACAAACCUCGAUGGGAUAGUCGCUUAAACUUUAUUAUAUAUAAGUUAUAUUUAAAUAAGGUGACAUUCGUUGUUUGUAGGAUCGAAAUGGAAUGGCUAACUCGAGGAAUUUUUCUCGAAGGUUUUAAAACCUUUAAAGGAUGUUAUAUAUAUAUAUAUAUAUAUAUAUAUAUAUAUAUAUAUAUAUAUCCCAUUCAUAAAUUAUAUUAAUCUUGUUAACAGGACAACAAAUUUGUGGAAAAGGGUGACAAAAUUAUUCUAUAUGUCGCGUACAUGUGACAACGAGUAUAUAAUAUAUACAUACAUAUAUACAUACAUAAAUACAUAUGUAAACACAUACAUUUUAAAAGAUAACGCUUUCCUUCUUUAAUUUCGUACGAAAAGGAUGAAAGAAAUAAAGGGUAAUGUAAAGAGUGAAGAAUGAGGGAAGGGAUGUUUGGAAAAACAAAAAAAGAAAAACACAAAGAACAGCGAUAUUUUUUACCAAAGUCAUACCGUUUUUUCCCGGCGGUAAAAACCGAGUACAAAAUAAAACGUAGGAAUCUAAAACCUACGGAUCUUACAAAAAAGAAAAGAAAACUGUGUAUGUACGUUUCUUAUACGACCAGUUUUUAACUAUUCAACAUAUCCAAUGUUUUUAUUUUUAAUAAACUUUAUAAGUUUUGUAAAA